GCUCGGAGGAUGCGGCAGCUCGGUGUUGGUAGCUGGUGUCGGCAUCGCGGAUUUUAGAGGUUUUCUCCAACGAAAACGCACGCCCCUGCAUAGGUAAACAGCAAUGGGAGCCGCUGCCCGUGACCUUCUCGCGGCCCUACUGGAGGGUGUGUUUGCCAGCGGGGAUGUCCAGACGACGACGCUGGCAUUCAGCAUUGCGUGCUCGCUGGGGUUCUCGGUGGCGUGCCUGCUGCUGGGGCUGGUGUACGGCCGGCAGAGCCCGCGGCCACAGCGCCCGGCUCGCACCAGCAGCUUCAGCAGCAGCCUGGCCGGCGCGGCGUCCGGCAGCAGUAAGAGGAUAGUGCUGUGUAAGAAGUCAAGUUCAGCUGAAGGACGGCACCUCCUGCAGCACCAGCCUGUAUUCCUCACGUGUCGCGAGCAGAGGAGGGAGCACAGGAAAUGCUCCAGGUGUGAUUCAGCAGAUGCCACACAGAGCUGCAGGUACAGAAGAUGUUUGCUGUGUUGCCGUGCGAGUAAACAGUCGAUCUGCGAUGUGCACGGCACGGCUGUGAUGGCCGUACAGAACAUCGUGGAGGGGGCGUGUGAGGACAGACCCACGGAGCUGGACCUCAGCUACCUGGGUCUGCACAGCUGUCCGGACAGGAUCGGGUUCGUGGGCGCCCAGCUGACGUGUCUGAACCUGUCCAACAACCGGCUCCACCAGUUGCCUGAAGACAUCGGCUGUCUGCGCGGCCUGAGGGACCUGUACAUACAGUACAACUGUCUGGAGGAGCUGCCUGUGAGUAUCGGUAACCUGACCAAGCUGACAGACCUGGACUGUAAGAACAACUCGCUGCGGACGAUCCCGCUCACCGUGGGCAACCUGACGGCGCUCACCUGCCUCAACGUCACCAACAACGUGCUGCAGCGCCUCCCGGCGGAACUCGGCAGACUUGCAGAGCUCGAGGAGAUCUGUGCACAUUCCAACCAGCUGGUUGAGCUCCCAGAUGAGUUGUGCAACCUGACAAACCUUACCGAGCUGUACCUGGGAGAGAACCGUCUGCAGCAGCUGCCGCGCGACAUCGGGCGUCUGGUGCGGCUGGAGGAACUGGACGUGUCCUCGUGUGAACUCACUCACCUGCCCGACUCCCUGUCCAGGUGUACAGCCCUCGUCAGGCUCUGGCUGUCUAACAACAGACUGCGUUACCUGCCUGACCAGCUGGGCCGGCUGCACCAUCUGAAGGAGCUUCACGUCAGGAACAACGACAUCAUGUACUUCCCAGCAUCCCUCGCCUACCUGCAGCUCUACACCUUCUCGGCCAACCAGAACCCCCUGAUAGAGGAGUGGGAUAACCGGUUGACCUCUGCCCUGAUCAGAGUGCCCUCUGACCCCUUGCCCAGUUUGCUGGAGCUGGCUGCCCGCACCGUGGCCAGACAGAACAUCACAUGGGGGAAGGGGGACCUGCCUCUGGACUUGGAAGUGCUGCUGCAGUGCAGGAAGCAGUGCUCCAGCUGUGAGGGCCCCUUCUUCUCCUACUUCAGCUCACAGGUGUUCUUCAGUAACGUGGGGAUGUUCCACAGGGUGCCCCUAUACCAGCAGGUCUGCUCUCCCUAUGUCAAUGCCCACUGCCAACCUGUACAUGCCAGAUAGGGGGCCUCGUUGCAACGGGCACCACUGGAGCCAUCACUGUCCCACUGAGAAACGUGAUGCUGUAGGUGAAAAUAACAGAGAAACAGAGCACUGCAUGUCCCCUGGAGAUCAUGCUAAGCCCUAGCUUUACUAGCCUGGGUGCUGGACUGUCUCCAUAGCCCACACAGGCCAGCUCCUCAGCUCCAGGGCCUAGCCUGGGUGCCAGACUGUCUCCGUGGCCCACACAGGCCAACUCUUUGGCUCUGUGGGCAACAUACACCCAAGGAAAUUAUACCACAGCCCUUUCAUCCACAGCACCCUGGCUAACUCUCGGCCUAGCUAGAAUGAUAUGGGUCUGGCAUCCAGGCAUAAAGUCACCACCAAUAAUGACUUUGGUUGUCAACCCCAAACAGGCAAAGUCAUCUGGUCUGGUUUGAUGAUGGUGUGAAUAAUCUUGCAUCCAGACGGGCUACCUUCUCACUGGAGCCCCCGUUCUGUGUACAUUUGUACUUCAAACUGACAUCUUCAUAUUUGUAUUUCGUCGCCAUUUUGUGAAAACCAAAGCGUUCAGUUGACAUGGCCCAACCAAAGAAACAACAGGAUGUGAAGAUAAAGGUGGUCAGCCUACCAAAAUAUGUCCUUUUAGAAUCGUUUGGCUGGUACCAAAUUGUUCAAAAGAAAUUCAAAUUUUCCUUGUCAUUUUGUGAAAACCAAGGCAUUCUGUUGACGUGGCCCAAC